AUGGCUUAUGAUACAGAGAACCAGGACCCUGCCGCCCACUUCCAGGUCUUUAUGGUUCUGGCGAUAGGAUCUGCUGUACUUUCUGCUCGGACUAGAGCUCGCAUACCAGCAGAAUCGUACUGUCUCUCCGCGCUACAGUAUCUCGACGAACUAAAUGUUGAGAACUCACUCAAAGGAAUUCAGUGUCUUGUCUUACUUCUAAUUUUUACUAUACAUAGCCCAUGCGUUCGUCUCAAUGUCUGGUAUCUCAACUAUCACUGCAUCGCUGCCUUGGUCGAUCAAGGUCUCCAGAGGAACAUCAGCAUGGGACCAGAUCACAGCCUGUUCAGUCAGGAGAUGCGAGCCAGGAUAUUCUGGGUCAUUUACUCCUUCGACCGCAUCAUUGCGACAAUGAUGGGCCGACCAAUUGGACUACGUGAUGAAGGGUGCGAGCUCCGUAUGCCAUUGGGUCUGUCUGACGAACAGCUUGUCAGUCAGAGGCAACAACAAAUCACCAAGCCAUCCAGUGAUAUGGCAUUUGCGGUUCACUUAUUCGAAGCGGCCAAACUCAACUCGGAGAUCAAAUACAUCGCGCAAAGCAUCAUAAGAGACACGCCUAGAUAUGCUUAUCCUAGAGUGACCAACAUCAACGACUGGCAAAACGCCAUGCUACAGCGACUGGAUGAGUGGUCAGACAAGAUACCAGGUCUUGGUGACCCUGAGGUAUUGUAUCUGCGAACGACAUGUCAGCUUCGAUACCACGGUCUGCGGAUGCUUUUAUUGAGACCUAGCCCGGCAAUACCUAAGCCACCCAAAGAAGCUUUGAUAAAGUGUCACCAAAGUGCUCGUGAAAGCCUACAACUAUUUGAUCAGUUGUACAAGAAGAAUCUGCUUGUUCAUAACUGGACUACUUUCCACGGGCUUGUUCUCAGUUCCAUAACUCUGCUGUACUGCAUCCAGUCAGUGUCGGAAAUCGCCCGCUCUACGGGUGUAGACGCUUUCAUGUCUGACCUGAGCAUAUCCCUCAGCAUUUUGGGUGCUACGGGUGAGCAUUGGUCUGGCGCCAAACACAGUCGCGAUAUUCUCGAUAACCUUGGAAAAUCGACUGUUCGAUACAUUCGAGAGAAGAAUAGACGAUCGGAGGGUUUGCGUGACCGCUCUGCACCACAGGUCAAUGAACAGGUGAUUGAUCCUACACUUUCAGCAGAUGCAUGGGAGAGUUUGGGGCAGGAGUUCAACGGCAUCCAGGGAUCUUCAUCUCACCUGAAUAUGGACGACGAUAUGGGUUUCAUGCAGAACCAAUUCUACGAAGGGUUACUUAACGAGACAUUCGCGGAAUACUUUGAGCCAACCGAGUCGACAAAUCUGGAUAAUAUUGUUCGCGACUUGUUCCAAGGCCUUAUUCCAACAGACUCAAUCUAA